GCCGCCACGGGUCAAUUUCAAUCGGCGUGCUCAUUUGAACAAGAGGAACCGCUACGAAGCGACGGGUGGAGAGUGGCCCAGCACGAUAACGCAACUUUCAACUAAAUAUUGAUGGAGUGGCAGCCAGAUGAGACGGGACUUCAGCAGGUUCUCCAACUGCUCAAAGACUCUCAGUCGCCCAACACAGUCACGCAGAGAGCAGUCCAACAAAAACUUGAACAACUCAACCAAUUCCCCGACUUCAACAACUAUCUCAUCUUUGUCCUCACACGACUCAAAACUGAAGACGAGCCGACUCGCUCUCUGAGCGGUCUAAUACUGAAGAACAAUGUUAAGGCCCACUACCAGAACUUCCCCCCAACUGUUGCUGACUUCAUCAAGCAGGAAUGUCUCGGCAACAUCGGGGACCCCUCGCCGCUCAUUCGUGCCACCAUUGGCAUCCUCAUCACUACCAUUUCUUCCAAGGGAGAACUACAAACAUGGCCUGAGCUGCUGCCCCAGCUCUGCAACUUGCUCAACUCUGAGGACUACAACAUCUGCGAGGGCUCAUUUGGAGCACUGCAGAAGAUCUGUGAGGAUUCGUCGGAGCUGCUGGACAGCGACGCUCUGAACAGACCCCUCAACAUUAUGAUACCAAAAUUCCUCCAGUUCUUCAAGCACUGCAGCCCCAAGAUUAGGUCCCAUGCCAUCGCCUGUGUGAACCAGUUCAUCAUUGGCAGAGCCCAGGCCCUAAUGGACCACAUUGACACCUUCAUAGAGAGCUUGUUUGCGCUGGCAGCAGAUGAGGACUCUGAGGUUCGAAAGAACGUGUGCCGAGCCCUGGUCAUGUUGCUGGAGGUCCGCAUAGACCGCCUCAUCCCACACAUGCACAGCAUCAUCCAGUACAUGCUGCAGAGAACCCAGGACCCCGAUGAAAACGUGGCCCUAGAGGCCUGCGAGUUUUGGCUAACACUAGCGGAGCAACCCGUCUGUAAGGAGAUGCUGUCUGGACACCUGGUGCAACUAACGCCUAUCUUGGUAAAUGGGAUGAAGUAUUCAGAAAUAGACAUCAUACUAUUAAAGGGAGACGUUGAGGAGGACGAGGCCGUACCAGAUAGUGAUCAGGACAUCAAGCCCCGUUUCCACAAGUCACGCACCGUAACACUGCAGCACGAGGGAGGGGAGGAUGAGGAGGCCGAGGACAAUGAGGAAGAUGAUGACGAUGAUGACGACACACUGUCAGACUGGAACCUGCGAAAGUGUUCCGCUGCAGCACUGGACGUGCUGGCCAACGUGUUCCGCGACGAUCUGCUGCCCCACCUCCUGCCGCUCCUGAAAGGCCUCCUCUUCCACCCCGACUGGGUCGUCAAGGAGUCUGGCAUCCUGGUCCUGGGAGCCAUAGCCGAGGGCUGCAUGCAGGGCAUGGUGCCCUACCUGCCAGAGCUGAUGCCCCACCUCAUCCAGUGUCUGUGUGACAAAAAGGCCCUUGUGCGCUCCAUUGCCUGCUGGACCCUUAGUCGCUACGCUCAUUGGGUGGUCUCCCAGCCCCCUGACUCCUACCUCAAACCCCUUAUGACCGAGCUUCUGAAACGCAUCCUGGACGGCAACAAGAGGGUGCAAGAGGCUGCUUGCAGUGCGUUUGCCACCCUGGAGGAGGAGGCGUGCACAGAGCUGGUGCCCUACCUGAGCUUUAUCCUGGACACACUGGUGUUUGCCUUUGGGAAGUACCAGCACAAGAAUCUCCUAAUUCUUUACGAUGCCAUAGGAACUCUAGCAGACUCUGUGGGCCACCACCUCAAUCAGCCUGAGUACAUUCAGAAGUUGAUGCCCCCCCUCAUUGCCAAGUGGAACGAGCUGAAAGACGAAGACAAGGAUCUCUUCCCACUACUCGAGUGUCUGUCGUCGGUAGCGACCGCCCUGCAGAGUGGGUUUCUGCCUUACUGCGAGCCCGUCUACCAGCGCUGUGUCACACUUGUCCAGAAGACACUAGCUCAGGCCAUGAUGUAUAAUCAGCAUCCAGAUCAGUAUGAGACUCCCGACAAGGAUUUUAUGAUUGUCGCCUUGGAUCUGCUGAGUGGCCUGGCUGAGGGUUUGGGGGCUCACGUGGAACAGCUGGUGGCCCGCUCGAACAUCAUGACCCUGCUUUUCCAAUGCAUGCAGGACACUAUGCCUGAGGUGAGGCAAAGCUCCUUCGCACUGCUGGGGGAUCUAACCAAGGCGUGCUUUCUCCAUGUGAAGCCCUGCAUUGGUGAGUGUGCCUAAUCAGAACACUGACUG